UCAUUCGAAAGCUUUUUAUACGCAAUUUCCUCAUCUUCAUGGAUCUUACGAGCUUAAAAUCCAACAGAAAGCAGUAUGUAUAUUUUAGAUAGAAAUGGUUGCUAAAUAAAUUAUGUACAUACGCUUCAAAAUGAUGAAAAUGCGGUGGUUAGAUGUCUCCGAAUUUUUUCCCAUAAUAUGCUUACAAAAAUUUAACCAGAUACCUGCGAUCUCGAAGUUGAAAUAUAAGAUUUUCGGCGGGUUUCUCCAUAAACUAAAGUAAGG